AUUUGUUGGCUGAAACUCUGUCUAGUAGUAGCACAGUAAUACCCUUGUGUACAUGUGGCUGUGCCAAGAGGAAAGUAAGUAGAGUGGCUGAGAGUGCGGAAAGAGAGAGAGAGAGGGAGGGAGAGGGUGUGGAGGUCGCUGAAGGAGAGUGGGCAUGUUGACAGAAGGGAAGUAAAGGGAGAAAUGAGUUGUGCUCUGAAGAUAUUCUUGUAGACCUGGUCAAACUGGCUGGAUAAGUGUGCAGUCACAUGUGGCAAGAAAAUAGUGAGAGAUGAAUGGACAAAGCAAUGAAGAGUGAGCUAGAAGAAGGGCAACAAACACAGAAAAGACCAUCACUCUAUUCACUGCCAUAAAUGAUCUGACUAGCAACCUUUACAAAUAGUUCCAUGAUGUCACAUAUCUCGCAAUAUUUGGUCAAUCACCUGGUGACGUUCUCCCUGCAGAGUGGGGAGGUGCGCAGUGUAGAGGAGGCCCUCUCCCGCCUCUCUAACCUGGGCCGCACUGACCGCCUCUGGAGCCAGGAGAUGCUGGUGGAGGUCAGCCCUGAGGUGGUGAGGCUGAGGGAUGCGCAGAACCAGGAAGAGUUGGAGGCAUUCCACGUGUCCACCAUUCACCGCUGUGACGCCAUACACACUGAGAAACAAUUCCCGCCCCUUCUCCUACUCGUCUGCCAAACCCUGCUGCAGAGAAAACCGGACAUUCACUUUUUCAGCUGUGAGACUGUGGGGGUGGAACUUAUCCGAGAUGACAUCAUCCUCGCUGUGACCCAUUACACAUCAAUGACCAGCCAGCAUCUCAGGGCUUUGAGCCAGAAGGGGAACCGUCUCUCCCUCCCUCCCAGUGCUAGCCAGGCUCAAAAGCAGCAGAAGUCACAAACCCUCCCUGCAUCAGUCACAAUGCUGGGACCCCCGGGGAUCCCUGAUCCUCCCCUGGCUCAUGCCCCCAACCCCCCACCACCCAACCCUCCACCCUACCCUGGAACCAAAGUGAAUGAGUCAGGCAGUCAGAAGGCAGACACAUCUCUCCUACGGGCUGCAAGGGAAGUGGAGAUACUGAACCACUGUUUUGACGACAUCGAGCUCUUCAUGGGGAAGUUACAGAAGUCAGCCGAAGCACACAGUGUGCUGAGCCAGAGGAACAAGAAGAAGAAGAGUCGCAAAAAAGACACAGAAGAUGACUUGCUGACUCUGAGGGCUCGCCCUCCGGCAGAAAAUGAAUUUAUUGACAUCUUUCAGAAAUUCAAAUACUGCUUCAGCCUAUUGGCCCGGUUGAAGUCAUGCAUUUCAAACCCCACCUCAGAAGAGCUGGUACACCACAUCUUCAGUCCCUUGGAAAUGAUCGUGAAGACCACUGGGGGGCCCGCGCUGGGGGCCUCCGUGUCCAGCCCGGCGAUGACCAGCGGAGCCGUGUCACUGCUGCAGGACAACCUGACGGAGGAGGAGAGGCUGCUGUGGGCGGCACUGGGACCCAACUGGACCCUGCCCCGUUCUCAGCUCAGAGGCCCAGUUUCCCCCUACACGCCCGUAUUCAUGGAUGGGUGGAAGCCCGAGGCCAUCGACCCAAAUGGACAGGCUUGGGAGGACCCCAUAGAGUCGCAACACAAACACGAAACUCUAAGGGAAAAACAAGAGAUGGCCCUCAGUCAGCCGGCUGGACCCAUCAAGUCUCAAGCCUACGGCAGUGAUGCAUCCGAGGGUGCCAGCCUUCCCCCUGAGGGCGAGAGGGUGUUCCGCUGCAGCUACGACUUUGUGGCCCGAAACAGCACCGAGCUCUCUGUGCUACAGGGAGAGACGCUGGAGGUCAUUGAGUCGUCAAAGCGCUGGUGGAAGUGUUGCAACCGCUUUAACCAGAUCGGCUUUGUGCCUUUCAACAUCCUGGAGCCCCUGUCAGCCGUGAGUGAAAUUCACCCGGAAAGUCCUGCCACACACAAGAAACCAAAGCCUUCUCCCUCCCUACAAACAAAUAGAGCCUCAUACAAUCCUCCACCGCCCCCACCUUUGACCCUUGACCCUUCAGCCCUACGUCCCCGGAGCAUGGUCCUGCCCUCCCAACUCAGCCCAUCCAUAGAAGACACAGACAAAGUGAUGAUGAUAAAUGACGAGCUGUUACAGAGACUGACGAAUGGGAAGGCAGGCAUUGCUCGUCCCUUGGUCAUCCCUCGUUCCUCAGAUACCUCCGUCCCCUUGGACUACCACUCCCCGCCUUCAGAAGUGAUGGAGUGGCUGCGAGGCAAGGGCUUCAGUGAGCCGACAGUGCAGUGUCUGGGAGUACUUACUGGAGCUCAGCUUUUCUCCCUGAACAAAGAGGAACUGCGUGCAGUCACACCAGACGAGGGCGCCAGAGUCUACAGCCAGAUCAUGGUGCACAAGACAAUGCUGGAGGAUGCACACAGGGCCACAGAGCUGGAGGCAGUGAUGGAGAAACAGAAGAUGAAAGUGGACCUGAAAUCGGAGAGCAGCCUACUGUGACGGACACUGCUCGUCACAGACAUUCACUAACACUAAUCACCUCAAACACCAGCAGUGAUCCCGACAGUGAUCGAAACACAGCAAGGCUAAAAGGGACGAUAACUGCAUACACCAACAAUUAAGUAACACAGGCCAAGAAUGAUCAACUAGUAAACUGGUCUACUGCCUCCAAUCACUGCACACCUGGACGGAUCCAGACGCAAGUCUUUGCACAUGCACAAGGACUCAAUAUGAAUCACUUCCUGUGCUGGCAAUGAUUUGCACACUGAUCCACAGCCAGACUGUCAUAGUUCCACACAACAUUGAUUUCUACAUGCAACAAUACUUGCAUAUAAACUGAAACGAACCACAACAAAGCUGUCUGACCCAGCGGUUAUGAUAUCCUAAUUUUAGAAUAUGUUUAAGAAUGAAUACCCACAUGGUUGAAAAUGUAUUGGCAUAACCUCUGGAACUUUCUGGUAAGAACAUGUCAGAACCUCUAUUUCUGUCCAGUGUACAGUAUCUCCUGAUGCUGUGCCAUCUCAACACAUCAAGAAGCACAGCUGAGCAGUUUAAGUUCUGUUUACUUUCUGACUGCACUAGCCCUAGGCUGUGUUUAGUCACGAACACUUCACCCAUACACACACAAACUAGCAGCGUCGGUCCAUUAACUUUAAAUUAUCCAUGUCAUUAACGGGAGACAUUGAGCCAGAAGUACAUUUUCCCAGUGCAAUUACUAAUUAUGAAUUUAAAUAAAUGUAUGUGUAAGAAUA